AUGAAUAGAUCUCGUAGAAAAGAAUUGUAAUAGCUAGUAAAUAAGAAACGUAGUUUUCUAUCACCUGGAAUAGGCAAGACAAUCACAAACAAACCUUUUCGCAGAUAAAGUUGUAGAUGUUCUGAAUGUGGAGGUGUAGGACCAUUUCAAGAAAGAUAAAAUGCUUAACAUCCUCAAACUUAUAUAAGAGCACAUCAUUGUAAGAAAAGAAAACGUAGAAUGUAGAGGAGAAAAGGGACUUACAUCACAUCAUCGAGUUUAAAUGUAGGAUAAUCAGAAAACAAUACAAUCAUUCUACCCAAUGUUCCUAAAUUAAGAAAGGCUAAAACAAUUUCAGUAACAAAAGAAUUACAGCAAACUAUAAGAAAAGGGAAGAGACUUUUAACUAAAGAUGAUCAGCAAAUAAAAUAUGAGUUUUUCUAUAACAAUGAACUUAAGUUAUCGAAAGGCUUUUUAGAAAAUUCACAGAUAUCUUAAACUUAUGAAACUGCAUUGAUCUCAUUUGUCAACUUCACUAAGUCUCCCAGCUUUGUACUCAAUAGUUAUAAUAAUAUUAUUAAUGAAUCAAAAACAAGUUCAGAUGAUGAACCUAAUUAAAAAGACUUUAGAAAUAAAUAAUUAUAAUUGACAACUCCUAAAAUUAAAAUCAAAAAUAAUUCUAUGCAUAGUCGAAAACUUACUGAGGGAAUGAUGCAUUCAAAUGUUAAUAGAACAGUUUAGUAAUUUAUUCAAUCUUGUACGACAAUAAGAGUUUUGAAUUCUCCAAAACCUUCAAAAUAAGUUAAAUUACCUUCAAUUAAUUCGAAACGAGAAUAAAACAAAUUUUCUGUUUAUUUAUUGAAUUCUCCUCGAAGAGCAGUAAUUGAAUUGAAAAGCUAAACUACUUCUUAAAAAAAAAUAAAAGUCUUUAAAAAAUGA